AUGGCUGGCUCUCUGGCAAACCAUGAGCAAAAGGACCUCUACAAGGAGCCGGGUGGGCCGGGCGCGGGCAGGUCCGGUUGUCCCGCCGGGAGGGACUUUCGCUUUGCCGGAAGGUGCGGGGCAGCGCUGGGCAGCGGCGGCAUGGGGACGGUGCGGGAGAGCGGUGGCAUGGCCCGGGGGCUCCUUCCCCUGCUCCUCGUGUUUGCCUUAAUUAUUGAAACACAGUGCAAAAAUGAUACUGAAGCUCUAAUGACAUACAAUAGGAGGAUCAUUGCCAGAAGGCAAAUUACCUGUAACAAGGAUGAAUACUAUUUAGAUGCUCAGUGUUGCAAGAAAUGUGGAAGUGGUUUUGUUAAAAAUGUCAUCUGCCCAACAGAUAGUACCAAACACUGUGUUCCAUGUGAGAAAGGAAAAGAAUUCGUGGAUCACCCUAAUGACUUGGAGAAGUGUUUGAGAUGCAAAUCGUGCGAUAGCAAAUUUGGUUUGGAGAUUGCAAAGAACUGUACCCCAGUAGAGGACACGAAAUGUGCCUGUGUAAAGAACCAUUUUUGCAAUGGUUCUCUAUCAUGUUCGGUUUGCAGUCCAUGUACCACAUGUGAAAGUGGUGUAAUUGAAAAACAAUGUACUUCAACUUCAGACACUCUGUGUGGAACAAAAGAACCAGGAACACUGUUGUGGGCCAUUAUUUUGGUAGCUAUGGUAGUACUACUAGCAACAACUGGAGCAAUAUUCUUGUGCAUGAAAAAACAGAAGGGUCUUACAAUCAACCAAAAUAAAGGAGUUUACAAACCAAAGCCUUAUGAGAACAUACCUCUCAUAGACACAGAUGCUGACCUGAGCAGCCACAUUGCUGGUAUUGUGGCAGAGAUGACACACGCAGAAGUCAAGAAAUUUGUUCGUCACCACCAUGUAUCAGAACCUGCCAUAGACCAAAUCAUUCAGGAUUAUCCUGGUGAUACAUCUGAACAGAAGAUUAGGCUGCUUCGAGUCUGGUAUCAAAGACAUGGGAUGAAGGGAGCCUAUGGAACCCUAAUAAGCAGCCUGAGAGAGUUAAAAAUGUGUGCUGCAGCUGAUAAAAUUCAGGAAAAACUGAAGGCAGCUAUUUCCAGCUCUCAGGAAGGGGGACAGUCUUACAAUCAUGACACUGAGCAAAGCAAAACUUGCAUUCAUGAAGGUAGAAACUCUAACAAUGAUAGUGCUGAGCUAAGUAAAUCCUAUACUGUUAGUUUGGAAGAGACAUAGCACAGAGUAAUUUGAAAAUUAUUUCCAAAUGAGUAUUUUUCUAAUAUAAAUAACAAAGCUUUAAAAUGGCAUUUUCAUUGGCAGUUCUGAUUGAACUCAAGUAAGUUAUUAUAUGCAAAAGGAAUAACUACAAAUUUUUUAGCAAUAUCCUUUAAAAAAGGUUUUAGCCUUUUUUGGUUGUUAAGGAAUGGAAGACGUUUUACGACUUGUUUACUACAAGGCGCAAUAUAAGACUCCAGCUAUAGGAUUCAUUACAAGAGGAAAAAAGUUGUCAUUAUUUGGAGAAAAGAUGUUGUUUAAAUGCAUGGUCCUGCAUUAUUUAAUUAAUGUAAGGUUUUGCUUGCAUUAAAAAUGCGGGAUGUGCCUUUUUUUUGAAGGGAAAACUCUGGUGUUAUGAGUCUACAAAGCGUACCAGGAAGAGUACUUGAAAAAAAAGAAGUUAAUUGCUUUACACCUGAUUAAUUUGAAAUAUAGGUGUUGCUGUGUAGAUUCUACUCUGCUGCAAGUACCAUUUCUAUCUUUUCUAAAAGCACUUCUGUGUGUGUACUGAGUUUUUCAUAUGUGUGCAAGUUCUCUAUAUAAAAAGCUCCCAGUUCUAGGUAAAAAUUAUCUUUGUUGUUCUCAGCAAUGUUUAUAAGCCUCUUCUAAUGUUAGAACCCUUCAAAGAAAUAGGAGCUGAAGCAGCACAAUAGAACCAUGAUUUCUGGAAGGCAACCUGCAGAGUGUAUGAAGCUUUUGUAAUGCAGAAACUGAUAAAAUGAAAGCAUCUUUGCCAUAAAAAAAAAAUCUGCAUAAUA